ACAGUCACUAAACUAACAACCGGAUCGGCUAUUGCCACUGUCACGACCAGUUAAAAUUGCAAAACAAAUGUAUUCUUCCCAAAAUAUAGCCAAGAAAGGUACUAGGCUAUGAAUAGAAAUAAAAAAUUAAUCAAGUAAAGCCAUCCGAUUCUCGCAGUCUAGCCCCUUCAGUUUUCUCUUAUCACUCCCGAGUCGUUGUCGCUUCGUCUUUUUAAUGAUGCUAUAAGCCUUCACUAUUCGGCCCAUUCCAUUUUCACACCCGACUCCACACCCUCUGCUCCCACAGAGCCAGGGCCUCGUCGGCGACUAGUCGGAGAUGGCCUUCCAUCGCCAGAGAACACUCUGCUUCACAACCAUUGCCACCUUAUUCCUCCUCCACCAUAUCGCCGCCGCUUCCUCCUCGCUAGUCCAAGAACAUGAUAGGUGGGCUCUCCUCCAACUCAUGAACGGACUCUCCUCCGGCUGCGGCGACGUCCCUGGGUACUGGUCACCGGACUCAGGCGUUCAACACUGCUCCUGGAAGGAGGUGAGAUGCGACAUGCGGUCCCGGUUCGUCGCCAUCUCCCUCCCUUCCCAACCCAGCCGGCGCCUCGCCGGGGUGUUGUCACCGGCGGUGGCCGGCCUCACCGACCUCAAAGUACUUUCUCUACCCUCCCGAGGGCUCCGCGGAGAGAUACCUGGUGAGUUAUGGAGGCUGCAGAACCUGGAGGUCCUCAACCUUGCGGGCAACUCCCUCCGCGGCUCCCUUCCGGCCAUCUUCCCCAAGGGGCUGCAGAGUUUGGACCUUUCCGGCAACCAGCUCUCCGGGAGAAUCCCUCCUGGUCUCGGGGACUGCUCGCACCUCCGGCGGCUCCGGAUGUCUUCCAAUUCUCUGGAUGGUUUCAUCCCUCCGCAGAUUGGGAGGCUUGCCGAGUUGCGGGUCUUGGAAUUGUCCGGGAACAGACUAGCCGGUGGCGUUCCGCCGGAGCUCCGGCAUUGCAGUUACCUUGUCAAGAUGGACCUCAGCAGAAAUUUACUCCAUGGGCAAGUGCCUUCCUCCAUUCUCAAGGAGCUCAAGAAGUUGAGGUUUCUGUCAUUAGCUGGGAACAAUUUCAGUGGUGAGAUACCAUCCGGUCUGGGUCAGCUGAGAUCGCUGAGGCUGCUAAAUUUGUCCUCAAAUUCUCUGUCAGGAGUGGUUCCCAUUGAUCUCGUGGCACUGAGAGAUCACACAGUUCUACUCCUUGACAGUGAUCUGCUCCCUGCGAAGGUUUCCUCUCCUAUGCCAUCACCUGAAAUGGAAGAGAUUUCUCAAGUGACAGCUGAUAGUUCAGGGGUAGGUCCACCACCCCACUCUGCUGAAGUAUUUACAGUCAUCCCCCAGUACAAAAGCACCUGGGUACUUACCGAGGCAAACCGAGGCACACCGCCUGAUGGCAGCGGCAAUGUUGGUCAUCUGAAGACCAUAGAGAUUGUUGCAAUAGCUUUGGUGUUAGUCGUCAUUGUUGCUCUUCUAGUUGUGGCCACCAUAUACGUUUUCAAAAGGAGAAUACGGACCCCAAGGCAACCAAGACGCUCUGGCACUGGCACUGGCACUAGAAGGGAGAGGGAGGUGAAGGUUUUUGAUGGCGUUGACAUUGGAGCUUCCCUAACUUACGAGGCAAUUGUCCGGGCCACUGGAAAUUUUAAUGCAAGCAACUGCAUCGGCUUUGGCGGCUUUGGCGCGACAUAUAGAGCUGAGGUUGCACCUGGGGUUUUGGUGGCAGUAAAGAGGCUUUCUAUUGGGAGGCAACACGGUAACAAGCAGUUCCAAGCAGAAGUUGAAACCCUUGGGCGGCGUCACCAUCCUAAUCUUGUCACUCUCAUGGGGUACCAUAUCAGUGACCAAGAGACAUUCCUGAUAUACAACUAUUUGCCAGGUGGAAACUUGGAGAGGUUCAUACAGGAGAGAGCUAAGAGGCAAAUUGGUUGGAGAGUGCUCCACAAAAUUGCUCUGGAUAUUGCUCAUGCUCUUGCUUUCAUGCAUGAUGAGUGCUCCCCCCGCAUUCUGCACCGAGAUGUUAAGCCAAGCAACAUAUUGCUCGACAAUGACUUCAAUGCAUAUCUCUCCGAUUUUGGAUUAGCGAAACUUCUUCGCAACUCACAAACUCAUACAACCACAAGUGUUGCUGGUACUUUCGGUUAUGUCGCGCCGGAGUAUGCAACGACAUGCCGUGUGUCUGAUAAAGCAGAUGUUUAUAGCUAUGGGGUUCUGCUUCUUGAACUGAUCUCGGAUAAGAAAGUACUGGAUCCAUCGUUCUCUCCAUAUGGAAAUGGUUUCAACAUUAUUAGCUGGGCUAAUAAGCUAAUCCAAAGCGGUAGAGUUUGCGAGUUCUUCGUUGAGGGCUUGUGGAAUAAGGCCCCACAUGAUGACCUGGUUGAGAUUAUGAACCUGGGGCUCCUGUGCACUGUGGAGUCUCUUUCUUCUUGGCCCAAAAUGAAGCAUGUUGUUCGCCGUCUAAGAGAACUCCGUCCGCCUUCUUACUAGGGAAGAACAAGAAUGGAGUUCACCAGGGCUUGUGGCACAGUGGUCGGUCGUCUGUUCCGCACAGGAGCGAUUCGAGGACAAGAUGGACAUAUGCCCUGUGUUAUAGGAACACCCUUAGUAUGGUUAGCAGGAUAAUAAUAAGGCCUCUUUUGUGUUCCUUUGUGGUGUGAAGAGGUCUAAACAUGUUUACUCCCUCACCGCCAAACACCGUCUUGUUAUCGGUGGUACUGUUGUGAUCGAAUUUGUUGGUCGUUAAAUGUGCGCCGCAGCCAAGGUUCUGUGUCUGUUGCAGGGAUGCAAAUAUGAGUGGCAGCCUUGCUGAAAGGUCUAGGUUCUGGUGGUCUUCUCUCA